GCUUAUCACUAUCUAUAUACAUACAGAAUAUAUAUACAGCCACAUUACAAACCCUAAACCUCUCCACAUUUCUGUGCGCCACACAUCUUGAGAGACAAAAUACUUGAUAAAUCUAAGCCAUACCCAUUUUUCAAUGGCCAAAAAGAAGACGACCCAUCAAGAUCAAGCCCCUCAAAAAGUUGAAAAAACCCAUCAAUCUGAUGAGGUUUCUGAGAAGAUUGAGAGCUUGAAAUCACUCAAUUCGAUGCUUCUCAAAGAGACUGUUGAGCGCCGUCAGCAGGUUGAUUCACUGAAAGAGUCUACUGGGUUGUUGGAGAGUGAGUUGAAGAGGGUUGAAAUGGAGAAGAUUGAGUUGGGUGAGUGUGAGUUGAUGGGAGAGAUUGAGAGAGAUUUGAUGGUUGUGUUUGUUGGAGUUCAAGUUGGUGAGAUUCUUGAGGGUUUUGAGAGAGAGAGGGGUGAUUUUGAGAGGGUUGUGAGGGAGAAGAUUGAUGUUGAGAAAUUGAUGAAGCUGAGAGAGGAUGAGAUUGAGGGGUUGAAGGAUGAGUUGAGUGGUGUUGUGAGGGAGAGGGAUAGUGGGUUAGUUGAGUUGAAGAGGGUUUGUUGUGAGAGGGAUGAGUCGAAGAGGGUUUCUGAUGGUUUGGGUGAAGAGAAUGGGGGUUUGAAGAUGAGGAUUGGUGAGAUGGAGGAGAGGGAGAGGGUUGUUCGGGAUGAGGUUGAGGCGUUGAGGGGGAAGUGUGGAAGAUUGGAGGGGGUGAUUAAGGUGAAUGAGAGGAACAUUGAAGGGGCUAUAAGAGGGAAAAGUGUGGCUGACAAGAAUGUAGAGGAGUUGAAUAAGAUGGUUGAUGGGUUGAAAGGGGAGAAUGUGGAGAUGAGUCGACAAAUGGAGGGUGUUUUGCUUGAUAGGGAUUUGAAAGCGGCAAGGAUAACUGAAUUGGAGAGUGAUGUGAGUAGGUUGAAUGAUGUGGUUUUGAGUUUGAGAAAGGAGGAUGAGAAGUUACGUUCAAGUAUUGGUGUUUUGGAGAAGAAAUGUUGUGAAGGGAAAACGAAGGAGAAGGAGUUGCGUGUGGAGAUUGGUAAGUUGGGGAAAAGCUCGGAGAGUUUGGUUGCUGAGAAGGGUUUGAUAGAAAAGGAACUGGGGGAGGCUGUGAAGCAGUCUAGUGAAUUGAAGAGGAGGGUUGAGGAGAUUUUGAAAGCAAAAAGUGUUGUUGAGGGGGCUAAAGAAAAACUGGAGGGGGAGAUUCAUGAGUUGAAAAUACAAGUUACUGAUCUUAAGGAGAUAAUUUGCUUGUUGGAAGAGAGUUCUAGGGCUGAUAAGGAGAAAAUAAAAGGAUUGGAAUCUGAAGUUGGUCGAUAUAGAGAUGAAGUUGGUCGAAUUGUAAUUGAAAGGGAUGAGGCUCGGAAGGGUUUGAAACAGGAAGCUAGUCGUAUGAAGGGGUUGAUGGAAAAGAUCACUGAGAAAGAGAUAUGUAUUGAGGAAAGCAUCAAAGCGACUGAAAAGAUUAAGAAUCAAAUGAGCAGCUUAACUGAACAAAAGAAAGAAUUGGAAAACUGCCAGUCAGUGUUGAAAAAGGACUUGGCUCUGGCGGAAAAGAAACUUGCUGAGACUCAAAAGGAACUUGACAGUGUGGAAGCUAAAGUAGGUCUAGCAAAUGCUAAUUCAGAGAAAAUGCUAAACAUGUUGAGGAGCACAGUGACAUUGGUGUCCAAGACCAAAGACGGGAACGGGACUGUCAAUCAAGUAAAGGCUGGAGAAGAGUUUAAGGCAUAUUUGGCAGCAUUGGACAGAAUUAAGGAUGCUUUCAAGAGUCAUGAGAGCGAGGUGGAAGACAUGAAGCUGAAACUGGAGUCCGUGCAGCACUCUGAAGCUGUGCAGAAAAGCCGCUUCAGGACUUUCUUAACUUCUGCAACAAUCGUUGCGGCAGCUGCUGUUGCAUAUGCUGCACGGCACUAGUUUUGGUCUGACAAUCUUUCCCUUCUCAUGUCAUCUGAAUCUAAGAGUUAGUGUUAUGACAUAACAUAACAGAAAAAUGUUUUAAUCUGUUUGGUAAACUGAUUUUAUCUUUGUCCUUUAUCAAGCAUUACGCUACGAAGAAGCUAAUGUACUUGUACAUUGUUGUCACGUGCUUGUGAUGCUUAAAUGCUUUUUGGUAAUAAACACCAAGCUGUCUAAUGCUUUGUCUUUCUAAUAA